UAGAACCUGCCAACCAAACUUGCAAAAUGAGGCUCACACUUCAUCAUUUGAUCAUCAUGGGCUUGGAUCUCUGUCACAUUAGAUUACAAUGUUCCAUGGCGUAUGUGCAGCAACUCAAGUUCUCCCACUCGGAGCACUACAAGGACAAGCUAAGAACAACCAGGAUCGUUAAGAUUGGGUCCGCCAGAAGCAUGCUUCAUUGUGCACAGUUAUGUUCAGAGAUGGAGACUUGCAUUUCCUUCUUCCACAACAAGAUCACAAGGCACUGCAGUCUCCAUGACGUCAUCUUUUUCAGCCCAGAUGAUGGCACUGAUUGUCCAGGGAUGAAAUAUUAUGUUUUCGACCAUGGAGGCUGCUCCGUCACAAUGGGGUUCAUCUACAGUCGGAUCAGUAAGGUCUGCUUCAGCAUCAGGACUACAGAUGGUCACAUGACGUGGCCUGAGUCUAAAUUGUUUUGCAAAAUCAGGAAGUUUCGGCUAGCAACUGUAGACAGCAAGGAGAAGUAUGAGUAUACUGUUGCUACAAUCAGAGAGAACUCUCGUUUCUUGACAACUUCCAACUACUAUAUUGGUCUCAGUGACAGAGCAAAGGAAGGGAAGUUUGUUUGGAUUGAUGGAACCCCUGCACACUGGACCAAGUGGAGCCCAGGCAGGCCAAAGACAGAUGUAAACAGAAACUGUGUCAUGUUGGGAGGGAAUGCCGAAUAUAAUGGAGAGCUCAAAUUUGUGGAAAAAGAUUGUGGACAAAAUCGGUUCCUUUGGAUUUGUGAAAAGGUUCUGACAUAGGCCGGAAGAGACAACACUGUGACCCGAGGUAAAACCCGUUAGGAUAUGUGGAAAGGUUCUGCCCUUACACAGUAAGAGAUGCAUGGACGACAGAGCCCCGUGGCGACCUCAGGCUUAACAUGGACGUGUCUGUCCUUAUGUGCCUAAACAUACAGCAAACAGGAUGGAAGUAUGGUUUUACAUAUUUAAAUGCCAAGGCUAACGACAAGAAUUAAUUUUAAAAAUAAACUCUGCGA